GUCCGUGUGAAGCCGGGACCUCUGGCAGAGCUCACGGUCAGGUACUUCCUCACCGUGGCCGCUUCCUUUGUCUACCUCCUCCUGGCUGUGUGGCUGAGCAUGUACGCGUCGAUCGCCUCCCACAGCUUCGGGGUGCGCCUGAGGACUCGCUACGUGCGGCUUCCCAUCCCGAACCUCUCGCAGAUUCAAAGCCUUACCACCAAGCUCUCCGACUUCGAGCAGCAGGGCCUUUCCAAGGUGAUGCGCAUUCCCUUCGGACCUCAGGGGGCCCAAAAGUGGGAGCUGCAAGCAGAGCGCAAGGGAGAAGGCCAAAGCCAAGGGCAAGGACAAAGUCAGCCCUCGGCGUCCUCAGCUCCGCCGUCGAGCAGCCAGCGCGCGGCGCUCCCGGAGGUUCGGCUGGCGGAGGCAGGUGA